AUGUCAAUUAGUUGGGGAACUCAAUAUACCAAAUUAAAAACUAAUCUUGGAUUAGCUGUCAGUAGACUAAAAUUACUUCAGAAAAAAAAAACUGAAAUGGCUUUAAAGUCGAGAAAAGAAAUUGCUGAUUAUAUAAAAGCUCAUAAGGAGGAUCGUGGAAGGAUUCGUGUUGAACAUAUAAUAAGAGAAGAUUUUCUUGUUGAAGCAUAUGAAAUUUUAGAAAUGUAUUGUGAUUUGUUAUUGGCUCGUUUUGGAGUUAUUCAACAAAUGAAAAAUAUUGAUGAAGGGAUUGCUGAGGCUAUUGUAUCAUUAAUAUGGGCAGCUCCUCGAAUUUCUGAUGUACCAGAAUUGACAAAAAUAAGUACUGAAUUAACAAAGAAAUAUGGGAAACUUUUUGUUGAACAAGCUAGAGCUAAUCAGCUAGAAAGUCCAUGUAGAGUGUCACAGAAAUUAUUAGAUAAAAUGUCAUUAAAUGCUCCUGAUAAAGUUUUGGUAGAGAAGUAUAUGGUAGAAAUAGCAAAAUACUAUAAUGUUGAAUUUACACCAGACAAAAAUGUUAUGCGAGAUGUUGAAAUGCAAGGAUUUAUGGAUUUGUUGGAUGAUUUUACGAAAGAUGAUAAAAAAGGUCCAAAUUCAGGUAAUGGUGGAGGUGGAAAUAAUUUUGAAGGUGAUAAUCUUAUUGGAUUUAAAAGUGAAGCUUUAAAACCAAAUAAAUCAAACUCUUCAUUUGACACUGAUAUAUAUGAAAUUCCUUAUCCUGCUGUUCCAUCACAAAAGGGUACUUCUGAUUCAGCUUUACCAACUGUAUAUCCAGCUGUAAAUUACCCAACACCGCCAAUAAUACCAACAGCUCCACCUAUUUACUCUUCAAAUCAGUUACCUGUUGCUCCACCAACUACAAAUAUGCCAAAUGCACCACCUGUAGAACCUCAUAUUUAUGAUUUACCUCCAGAGUAUGACUUUGAUAAUUUAAAAUUUCCAGAGCCUCCUAAAAAUUUAGAGGCUAAUGAGAGUAAUUCAAAUAAAAAUGAUGUACAACAUUCUAACAACUCUGAUAAUAAAGAUGAUACAAAAGAGGAUAUUGAUGAUCUUAUGAAACGUCUUGAUAAUUUGUAUAAAAAACAUUAA